CACCCGGCCUCCUGUUUCUCUUUCCAACCAUCAGGCAACACUGAGGGCCCCACAGUCUCCAGAGGCCGCCUACCAACCUUCCUUGGGACUUCUGUCUGGGCCUCAUCACAAAACUGGACGGGAGACCCCACGAUUGAUGAGUUUGCCCUGGGAGUCAGUGCGAAGGUGAAACCAAAGGCGAACAUGGGUCAGAAGGUCACCGGAGGGAUCAAGACUGUGGACAUGAGGGACCCCACGUACCGGCCCCUGAAGCAGGAGCUCCAGAGCCUGGACUACUGCAAGCCCACCCGCCUGGACCUGCUGCUAGACAUGCCCCCCGUGUCCUACGACGUCCAGCUGCUCCACUCGUGGAACAACAAUGACCGAUCGCUCAACGUCUUUGUGAAGGAAGACGACAAGCUGAUCUUUCACCGGCAUCCGGUGGCCCAGAGCACAGACGCCAUCAGGGGCAAAGUCGGGUACACGCGCGGGCUGCACGUAUGGCAGAUCACGUGGGCCAUGAGGCAGCGGGGCACACAUGCUGUGGUGGGGGUGGCGACAGCAGACGCCCCCCUGCACUCCGUCGGGUACACAACCCUCGUGGGGAAUAACCACGAGUCUUGGGGCUGGGACUUGGGGCGCAACCGGCUCUACCACGAUGGCAAAAACCAACCGAGCAAAACAUACCCGGCCUUUUUGGAGCCGGAUGAGACAUUUAUUGUCCCUGACUCGUUCCUCGUGGCCCUGGACAUGGAUGAUGGGACUCUGAGCUUCAUUGUGGAUGGACAGUACAUGGGAGUGGCUUUUCGAGGACUCAAGGGCAAAAAACUGUAUCCCGUAGUGAGCGCCGUCUGGGGCCACUGUGAGAUCCGCAUGCGCUACUUGAAUGGACUCGACCCCGAGCCCCUGCCGCUCAUGGAUCUCUGCCGCCGCUCGGUGCGCCUGGCCCUGGGGAAGGAGCGUCUGGGUGACAUCCACACACUACCACUGCCGGCCUCCCUCAAGGCCUACCUCCUCUACCAGUGACGCUGCCCCCCGGCCUCGCCAGCACGCCGGCCACCUGGUGCCGCCUCACCGGCCUGCCGCCGCGCCCUGCGCCUCGGACCGGGAUCCGG